AUGACGCGUAAAAACUUACACGAACAAGAAAUUUUAGAUUUAUUAGAAGAUGGAAAUAUCUCAGAUAUAGGAAGCAUAAAUAAUGAUGAAGAGAUAUUCCCAAUUAACGAAUUUGCUGAAUUAAUGGACAUUUUUGAUAAUGAUGAGGAUAAUACAUCGAAUGAAGUACCUGAAAAUCUUGAAACAUCAAAUUCACUUGUACAAUAUCAUGUUACUAAUAAAAAAGAUAUAAAAUGGGUACAACAACCAUUUGAAAAUUUAAAAUUAAAUUUAGACGAUAUAGAAUCUGUAAUUGCACCAGCAUCAAUACCUGCUCCUAUUGACUAUUUCAAUAAAUAUUUUUCGAAUGAUUUCUAUGAACAAAUUGCAUAUAACACAUUAUUAUAUACAGUCCAAAAGGGAAUACAUUUUUCACCGACAAAUGCUCAAGAAAUAAAAUGUUUCAUAGCUAUUCAUAUUAUCAUGGGAACCCUAAAAUUUCCACGUGUACGUAUGUAUUGGGAGGAAGCUUACCGUAUAAAUACUGUUGCUAAUAAUAUGACUAGAGAUAGAUUUUUUCAACUUAGAUCUAAUUUUCAUAUAAUAGACAACGCUAGCAUACCACCAAAUAAUAAAGACAAAUUUAUUAAAGUCCGCCCGUUAUAUAAUUUAAUAAAAAAGCAAUGGUAA